AUGGGUCCCAUCAUGCAGGAACGCACAGCAUCCACGACACUGAAACGCGUCGUCUCCAAAGAGAAGAUUCGGGUAAAAAAUACUGAAAAUAGCGGACCAGCAACCAGUUCAAAGAAAGGUAACAAGAUGAAAAAAGGUGCGGGGCAAUUGAAAAACGGUCUCCCAGGACCAGGUCAGGAUAAGGACACAGUGGCAACAGUGCAGAGGGGUGCACAGUCAAAAGGUGUCAGGGUCAAAUCUGGCACUAAAUGGAAUAAAAGCAAACUUUCCAGCCCUGAAGAAGAGGGAGAUUUGAGACCUCAACUCCGAAAACACUCAUCUGUGAACAGGAAAGAGGAAAAUCAACGAAUGUCACAAUGCAGCAGUGAGCUACAGCCAAAUCGUGGGGGGAUGGGGAAAAAUCGGCGAGCCCUCUCCUUGCCUCUCUCCCCAAUAUCAGGGCUACGACACAUGCCAACACACCCCCUAACACACUCCCCAGCCCCCACUCCAGAGACACUACCCCAGCACUACAACCAGAAGGAUGAUGACACUGACAGUGCCAGUGAUCUGUCAGACUCUGAGAGGCUGCCUGUGCUGCCCUCCCCCUGCACCCCCUGCACCCCUCCUCAUCUCAACCUCCGGGCUGAGGUCAUCAACACUGAUGACUUUCCCCCGGACUUCCCAGGACCCCGUGGGAAUCUGGGUGAUGAAGAAGAGAGUGAGAAGCCUAGCUACAGUUACCCAGACUUUCUGCCUCCUCCCUUCAACAGCUGGAGCCUGAGGCAGCUGGCAGUGUUUCUUCACACAGAGGGCCGUGGUGCCCCUCGGCCCAAGCCUGUAGGGCCCUUAGAGAAGUACCUGGAGAGGCUGCUGCAGCUGGAGUGGCUCCAAAUCCAAACAGUGCAAGCAGAGAGCAGCCGCCCGCCUGGGACCCGUCCAAGACCGCAGAGCUUCCCCUCUGCAACUACUGCUCACCCACCCAGGCCUCACACAGCUCCACCAUCCCGACUCAACUCCCCUAAAGGGCUGCGGCACAGCCAGCGAGCCUUCCCAUUUACACCUGUCAACAAUCCCCCAUCACCUGCCUCUGCCCAGCACCAGCCCUCCCGCUUUCCAGUUUGCCCUCACUGUCACAUCCGCUAUCCACUGUGCAAUGGAAGCUGCUCUGCCUACGCCUACCAGCGUCAUUCACGGCUAAGCCCGCUGCUUGAGCGCAGAGCCCGACCCGGUGCACCAGCUAAGAGGAGCAGCAGUGAGACCCGAGCAACGUCCACAGAAGGUAGGAGCCCAGGAGGACAAGGCGGCGGUGGGGGUGGGGGAGGAGCCCAGACCCCAGUCAGCCCCUCAGCAGGAAGGAGUCAUCUCAGGCACAUGCAGGCUGCAGGCAAUUCACGUAAGCAACCCCAGGAAUUUGGAACAAACCCAAACAGUAGAGGUCAGGUGAGGAAAAGCCGCGUCAGAGCCAACUCUGAGACAGAUGUUAAAAAGGAGCCCAGUGGCGUUAAAGCAGCUGGUGCGGAGAAACGUGUUUUUGCUGCUAGUAAGAGAGAGGUCAUCACCUCAAAGAGAGUAGAGAAGGAGUGGCAGAGGACAGAAGCAGGAAGUCAGGCUUCUAAAUCUGCCAUGAAAAGAGCUGCUAAAGAGCCGCAGUCUCUCUCCAAAGCACCACUUAAUAAUAAGCAGAAUGGCAAAACAAAAAAUGUGCACUUUGUUGCAAAGUAACCCCUAUAGACCUGUAGUGCUUUACUCAGUGGUUACUUGGUACAGGAGCUUGAACUUAUGCUUGCUUUCUGUGUAAUACUAACAUGUUAUAGGCUACCUGUUGUGCAGCAGUCUAAAUCAGCCAGCGGUCUGCAGCCUUCAAAAGGUCAACACUAACCAGUUGAGCAGCUAGAAUAGAGAUAUAACAACGAUGACUUCAAAGUGUAGUAUAACACGUAAAUAGAGCAGAAUUAUACACACUAUAUGUCAUUCAAAAUGUACAGUAACUAUACAAUAAUGUUUGACUCUGAACACUUCUAGGAUUCAAAAAACAUAGCUUUUAUGUAAACUGAAACCUGUUGCACUGCACAGUCAUCUCUCAGUAUGCUACUAAUGUUGAAAUAGGCAUAAAAUAAGGAUCUACAAUACCUUUCAGUAUCAGUAAUCCAUAGUGAAGUUUAACAUUCAUCAUUACAUUUUAGUCAUCGAAUAUGACCAUAGCCAUUACUAGUGGAGUUUUUAAUGUUGGAAUGUAUUUGUUCUCAUUGCUUUUACUUUACUUGAUGUUGCUUUGUUUCUUUUUUUUUUUUGGUGCCUCAUGUUUUAUGUUCAGUUAUAGCAUCUUUAGCUGACAAGGAGGCGCAAUAAAUGGCGGUAUACUGCAGUAAUGUAUUUUGUUUCGGAUGUACUUUGCAAUGGUUUAAAAUUCUUGGUUACAAGGGCUUUUCAUGUUUGAACAGCUUGAAUUGUAGUCUAUGAUAAUAUACUGUAUUUUGCAUAGAGCUGAGCUCUUUCUAUCAUUGAAGACAGUGUAAUGUUUGCUACGAAUGUAAAUGCAUAUUUUUCCAAAUUUUAUAUACCAUAGUUAUAUUUAUGAAAAGUGUUGUGGUUGACUUGUAUUUAUCAUUGUCAUUAUUAUGUUUACAUUGUCAUGCACAAAAAAGAAAUAUGUAGUAAAAGAGCAGAAUGUAAGCUUAUAUCUACUGUGCUGUACCAUUGGUCAGUCCUGUGAUCCAGUAGAACUUCAAAACAUAGCUGUUAGGCUGUAACAUGGGUAAUGUUAUACAUAUCACCUCCAUUUUCCACCGCAUACUUGAAGUCUUUAGAACACUGUGUUUACAUUAGUGUCUUAUCUGUCUCUUGUGAUUUACCAUGUGCAUUUGAUUCAUGGGAACUUUACAUCAAUGUAAAUGAUGUGAUAUACAUCCAGAUUGCACCUCUUUACUUAAUAUUCAUGUAAAGUAUCAAAGCCAUAGGUAGGGUUCCAGGAGAUGUGAUGUUAUUAUAAAUGUACAUUAUGUUGACAAGCACGCAGAAAGAUUGUGUAUGUAUUUUCUCAAUGUUGAAUGCAAGUAUUUGUAAGGCAUAGAAAUAAAUGUUUUGCACUCCA